AUGGGCAUACCGGGAUUCGACGACAUUUUCAAACAAAUUAAUUUUAAUUUUUGGUUCAUCGGUAUACCGUUUGAGGAAAAUGUAAAAUUACGAUUUUAUAUUAUGUGGUCUUGGCUCUUCGUAAUGAUCACCCAAGAAUGCUUAUACUUCAUAUCGAAGUUUUCCAACGAAAAUUUCCUGGACCUAACUCAGCUCACCCCGUGCACUUGUAUCGGUAUAUUGUCGAUUAUAAAAAUUUUAUUAAUCGCUAAAAAAAGACUUGACGUCUCCAAAUUGGCGAACAGCCUGAGAAUAUUGUACGAAGACAUUAUUCGAGAUGACAAAAAGGUGUUCCUUGUCAAAGCAAAUUUUGUAUUUCUCAAAUACUUGACCAAGUAUUUCUUUAUUCUUAACGCGAUCCUCAUUAGCGUUUAUAACUUUGCAUCGAUUUUUCUUAUUUUAUAUUUUUAUCUUAAGAAAAAUAAGGUCCAAUUCUUUUUGCCGUAUGCAAUUCUCAUUCCGUUUCCAAUUGAUACUUGGGGUAAAUGGUUUAUAAUUUAUAUACAUUCUACAUUUACUGGGUUCAUAUGUGUAUUAUACUUUACAACAGUCGAUGCACUGUACUUCAUAAUGACUACACAUAUGUGUAGUCACUUUACCAUACUAAGUCAGGAAAUAAAGGAUUUGAAAGCCAACACAACCCAUUUAUUGAAGGACAUUGUAAAGAAACAUCAAUAUAUUUUAAAAUUGUCACAAGAUUUAGAAGAAAUUUUUUCGGGGCCCAAUCUUUUCAACGUUUUAAUUGGUUCCAUCGAAAUUUGUGCGCUAGGAUUUAAUUUAACGAUGGGCAAGUGGACUCAAAUACCUGGUGUGGUUUUGUUUUUAAUGUCCGUACUACUUCAAAUACUUAUGAUAAGCGUCUAUGGAGAGCAUUUAAUUAUGGAGAGUACAAAAAUCAGCGAUGCAGCCUUUGAAAGCGAAUGGUAUGCCAUGGAUGUAAAAUCGAAAAAGAUUAUAAUUUUAAUCAUGCUAAGGGCCAAUAAACCGCAGACGCUCACCGCUUACAAAUUUUCAGUUAUUUCCUAUGAGAGCUUCACCAAGAUAAUCAGUACAUCUUGGUCUUACUUUACAAUACUGAAAUCUGUCUACAAAUCACCAGGACAAGUACCAAACUAG